AUGGUGAAAUAUAUGAACAUCAGGUAUAAGGCACGUCUCGUUGCUAAGGGUUACACUCAAGAAGAAGGGCUUCUUCUGGCUAUCUCUGCCAUUUAUGGAUUCACUCUUCAUCAAUUGGACAUCUCUAAUGCUUUCCUCAAUGGGGACUUAGAUGAAGAAAUUUACAUGAAGCUUCCUUUAGGUUAUGCAUCAAGAAAAGGGGACUCUCUUCCUCCUAAUGCGUUCUCGGUCACUCUUCUUGGCCUAGGUUUUGUUCAGUCUCAAUAUGAUCAUACUUGUUUCUUGAAAAUUACUACUGACGUAUUUCUCUGUGUGCUAGUUUACGUGGAUGACAUUGUCAUUGCCACCAACAAUGAUGCUGCCGCAAAUUGCUUGAAGAAUGAGCUCAAAUCUUGUUUUAAACUUCGUGACCUUGGUCCUCUUAAAUACUUCCUUGGUCUCGAAAUUGCUCGUUAUGAUGCUGGAAUUUAUGUUGGCCAGUGCAAAUAUGCUCUGGAUUUGCUCGAUGAGACAGGUUUAUUGGGAUGCAAACCGGUUGCUUCUCCCAUUGACCCUGGUGUUAAACUCUGCCAUGACUCUGGUGGUGACUUUGUUGAUGCCAAAUUCUAUCGGAGAUUCAUUGGUCGAUUGAUGUAUCUGCAGAUUACUCGUCAUGACAUCACAUUUGCGGUGAACAAGCUCAGCACUAUUUGUCUUGGUCUGUUCUAUUCCUCUAAAGCUGAGUUACAAAUUCAAGCCUUUGCUGAUGCAGACUACAACUCCUGUGUAGAUACUCGUCGCUCUACUUCCGGUUUUUGCAUGUUCUUAGGCACUUCUCUUAUUUCUUGGAAAUCUAAGAAACAGAAGGUCGUCUCUAAAUCUUCUGCAGAAUCUGAGUAUCGUGCAUUGUCUGUUGCUACUGAUGAACUCAUGUGGCUUACUAAGUUCUUCAAGGAGCUGCAGAUUCCUCUACACAAGCCGACACUCCUUUUCUGUGACAACGAGGCUGCUAUUCAUAUUGCCAAUAAAUUUGUCUUCCAUGAACGCACCAAACAUAUUGAAUCUUACUGUCACAGUGUGCGUGAACGGUUGAUUGCAGGUCUGUUUAAGCUCUAG